UUUUUUUUUUUUAGUUUUAGUUAGUCAUGAAUUUUUGUCCAAGCCGAAAAGAAUUAUUAGCGUUUGCCCAAAUCGGUCUGGCGAUUUUAGCCUUGUGGAAUUAUUUUGAAAUCAAUCUCUUUGAUAUUCCCAUGUAUGAUUUACGACUUUUUGAACAUCAAUGUGUUAAUGUGGCAAUUUGUUUUGCUUCUUUGUACUAUGGCUUGGGUACAUGGCUAUGGUAUUCCCGUGGGUCUAUAACAAGAACGCUAAUGAGACUUCAUUCCAUGCUUGUACAUACUACCCUUAUAAUCUUAUUAUUUGUAACCCGUUCCCGCUACUUGAUCGCCUAUGGUCCCUUUAUUCGUGGGGUAUUUACCCAUGAAAUAUUCACUGAUGAGGAUGAACGCAUAGCUUUCAGUUUAAUAUUGAUGCAGUGCAUGCUCUUGCUCACCGGUAUUGUUGUGGUUGUACAGGCCAAUUCUUUUAUUACCAGCAUUGUUGGAAUGUGGGCUAAACGAAACCGACACGAGUAAAAAGAGGCAACUGGCUCUUGAUCCUAUGACUUCACAAUAUUUGUAGUAUUUCUAUUGGCCAAUAAAGCUUUCUAAUGGAUCAAUUUUGCAAUUUCAAAUAAUAAA